AUGUCGAGGGUUUAUCGAUCUGGGUGUGUAAUUGGCCGCAGGUAUUUGGGGUCGUUGCGGAGACCGGAUCUUGAUCUGGACGCGUAUAGCAGGACGGUGGACCAGUUUCGCGAUAUUUGUGCGCGAAGAAAGGUCCCGUUCCCGCUCGAGACCUACACAGCCUUGUACGAGCAGCUCAGGACGGCCCGUGCGCGGGCGGGGCAGUUGAAGCGCGAGGCCGGCGUUUUGCAGCGGCAGAUGAAGGCCAGUAAGGCGGGCAAGGAGGUCGUUGACGAGCAAUACGUGCUGGCCCAGCUGGCCGCCCUGAAACCGGUGCUGAAAUCGGUCGAUGAGACGCAACAGGGCAUAUUGUCGCAGCUCCGCGCAAUGGCCGAGCAGCUACCCAACCUGAUUUCCGACGACUCGCGCGAACAGCAGCAGCUCGUGGAGUACAUCAACACCGACGGCCAGGUCGACCUCACGCCCCAGGAGACGUUCGACCACAAAUCGAUCUUGGAGAAAGCCGGGCUCGUGGAGUUUGCACGCGCCGCCAACGUCUCGGGACGCGGCUGGUACUACCUGCUGGGCGACAUGGCACUUCUGGAGCAGGCUUUGGUGCAGUAUUCGUUGAAACUGGCGCGCAAGGCCGGUUUCCAGAUGGCCAUCCCUCCGUCGAUUGUGAGAACAGAAAUUACCAGUGCUUGUGGCUUCAAGCCCAGAGACACAAACAACGAGCGGCAAGUUUACGAGCUCACACACGACAACCUGUGUCUGACAGGAACGGCGGAGAUCCCGCUGGCCGCGCUGAGCAUCGAGUCCGAGUACAAACUGGCCGAGCUGCCGCGCCGUCUUGUUGGAGUUUCGCGCAGCUACCGUGCAGAGGCCGGGGCAGCAGGCAGAAACACGCGCGGACUGUACCGCGUGCACGAGUUCACCAAGGUGGAGCUGUUCUGCUGGACGGCGGGCGACGUGGACGCCAGCAACGCCGAGUUCGACCGACUCGUGGAGUUCCAGAAACAGUUUGUUUCGAGUCUGGGGCUGCCAGUACGGGUUCUCAUCAUGCCCUGGGACGACCUCGGGGCCCCUGCGUUCAAAAAAAUCGAUAUCGAGGCGUACAUGCCUGGAAGAGGGUCCUGGGGAGAGGUGAGCUCGACGUCGAACUGUCUGGACUACCAAUCCAGACGGUUGCACGCCCGGUACAGAGACGAGAAAAAUAAGCUCAAGUUUGUGCAUACUUUAAACGGUACAGCCUGUGCUGUUCCGCGGGUUCUUUUGGCUCUCGUGGAGAACAACUACGACCCCAAAACGCAGACCAUCGCGAUCCCAGACGUUUUGCAGCCGUACAUGGACGAUAAGUCUAUUAUCGACUGUCACUGUAAAUAA